AUGAAGUUAAGGAAUAUUAAAAAAAAUGACAAACAAAAUGGAAAAAGUAUUAAAGUAAAAAAAAAAAAAAUAGGAAAUAAGUGCACACAAAAUGGAAAAAAUGGAAGAGAGAAAAAAAAAAAUAGUAAGAUAACACAUAUUGAAUAUUUAGAGGACAGAAAUAAAAAGAAGAAUAAAACGAAAUUUCACAAAAAAGUACGAUUUACAAAAAUUUGUUCUAACAUUCGAUCCAAUGUGGAUAUCAAACAAGGUAAACUGAUAAAUAAUAAUAAUAAUAAAAAAGAAACAGUAUUAGUAAAUGUGAAAGAAAAAACCAAUUCAUUGAAUAAUAAAGAAAUAUUGAAGCCACAAAAAAACAACAAAAAUAGUAAGUUAGUAAGUAAUAAUACCAAGAAUACAAAUUUCGAAGAUACUAAUAAAAAUGGUGUUAUUUUGGUUAGCAAAAAUAAUAACAAUAAUAAAAACCACAACAUUAUUAACAGAAAUAGCAAAUGUGUUGAUACAUUAAAAAAUAAUGAUUUGAACAGGUCGAAAAAUGAACAGAUGAAGAAAAAGAAUUGGAAAAAAAGUAAAAAAAAAAAAAAAUAUUUAAGUGAAAAUGAAUUAAAUUUGAAUGGGAAAAAAAAAAAAAAAAUCGUUGAAAGCAACAGCAGGACAGUUAAAAAAUCAUACAAAACAGAUGAGAAUGAUUCUCAUAUUUUAUCUAACAAAAAAGAAACAAUGAAUACACAUAAAAAACAUAUGUCUCGAAUAAAAAAAAAAAAAAAAAAAAUCCAAUAUAACAAAAUAAAUGAAACAGCAAAUGAAAAAACAACUGUGGUAGAAAAUGAAGAAAUACUUGGGACAGAUCGUGAAAUUAAUAAUGAGAAAAGCAUACAAAACAUGGAUGAAUAUUUGCUUUUAAAAUCAGAUUAUUUUUUUGAAAAAAAAUUAAAUAAAACAAAAGGGGUAUACACCAAUAAUAUUGGUAACAAUACGAUGUUUUAUUAUGGUAAACGAUCAUUUAGAAGCAAAAAAAAAAUGAUGCUAAUGAUGAAAAAAUUAAAAAAUAAUAAAAUAAAAAGAUCGAUAAAUGAUUUUAUAAAAAAUAAUAGUAUAAAUAAUAAUAAUAUUGCAACUAAUAACAAAUAUAAUAUUUACAGUUUUGGUAAAGGCAACUAUCUAUACUCAUUAGAAAGAAUAAAUUAUAAUAAUGAAAAAACAAAUGUAGAUAAUAAAAUAAAACUAAAUUUUAUUGAUGAAGUAAUAAAUAUAAAAAAACAAAAAUUUAUAAUCGGAUCGUCAAAUAGAAAAUGUGAUUUAGUUUUAAAAGGGGAUAUCGAAACAGAACAUUGUGAAUUAAUAUGUAAAUGUGUACAAAAAAAUAUUAAUCAUACAACCGAUAAAAAUAGACAAAUAAAUAAAUAUAAUUUAUUUAUUGUAAAUAAAUCAACAAAUAACAGUACCAUACUAAAUGAUAUGAUUGUGGAUAUUGAUCAAGUGAAAGAUGAAGACAGCAUAUUUUUAGGAAUAAAUGAAAUUGAUAAAAAAAAUAAUAGUAAAUAUAUUUAUAAAAUUAAAUAUAAUAAAUUAGCUAAUAUUUUUAAUAUAAAUAAUGGAAAUAAUUAUACCAAAGAUAAUGUUAUUACCCCAAUGCUAAAUAAAUCAAAAAAAAGAAAAGGUAGUAAAAUUGUGUCUAAUAAUUUUUCUUUAAAUAAUACAAUAGAAGAAGAUGAAUCAAAAAUAUGUAUAGUCAUAUUUCUUAUAAUAAAUAAAAAUAAUACUACUGAAAAUACUGGUCUUUUUAUGACAAAUAACAAUAAUUAUUAUGGAAGCAAUUCUAAAAAUGUAUGGAAUGAACCUAUAUAUACAUUAAAUAAUUUAUGUAACAUUACAAAUUUAAAUAUUACUCCUAGAAAGAGUUUAGAUGCCUUAGGAUACGGUAAUAAUAUAUCAGCAAAUAAUGUAAAUAAUUCUAUAAAGCAUAAUAAUAAUACACCUGGCCAUUUAAGUUCUGUUGCGAAUUUCAAUUUGUAUAGUAACAAGGGAUCUACUUCCAUUAAUAAAAUGAUAGAGGAAGAUUCACCUAAUACCCAAUUUAAUGAAAGUAUUAAAAAAAUAAAUAAAAUAUGUCAAAGCCGACUUUCUCCAUUAUGUAUAAAAGAUUCAAUAAAAAAAGAUGAAAAAGUAAAAGGGUUAUCAAGAACAAGAAAUAAUUCUAAAGAACUUCCGGUAACAUUAUUAAAUGCAUGUGCUGAGUUGUGUAAAGAAAUAAAUAAAAGUACAACUAAUGAAAAUAAUAAUAUUAAUCAAAAUAAUUCUAUUACAAAAAAUUCUUCGCUUUUUAAUAAUCCGAGUCCAUUAAAAAUGGAAACUUAUCUUGUUAGUAAUGAAAAUAAAUCGGCCACAAAACAUAUAACCAAUAUGCAUAGUAAUCCUCAAAUUAGUACAGAUUCUAUUCAAAUUCAUAAAAAUGAUUUAAAUCUUACUCAAGAUACACAUUUGAUAAAAAAUAAUGCAUCUACAGAAAAUCAAUUAAAAAUUUUGUCUGUAGAAAAGGAAACAAAUAUUAAUGAAAAUAAUAGAAUAUCAUCUGUGACACCAAAUAAAGAUGCCGAUUUGGGACUACAAGGAGAGACAAAAAAUGUAAGACCAUCUUUUUUAAAACAAAUUUUUAGUAGAUCAUUGUCCCCAUUUAAGUACAUAUCUGAAAGGGUAGAUAAAAACACAAAAAUUGUUACUAAAGAAAAUGGAUACAAUACAAAUGAUAAUAAGGAGGAUGAUGAAGAAAUAGGGGAAAUAGUAAACCUUCGAGAAGAAUUAAAUAUAACCCCUCCAAAAGAUAAGAUAUUAUGUGAGGAAAAUGGCGAUAAAGAACACAGUACAAUACAAAAUAAUACUAACAUAAAUGGAAAUAACCAAACUAAUGGUAUCGAAAAUAAUCAAGAUUGUAAUAAAAUUACAAACAGUACAGAAAAAGGAGUAUAUUCUCUAUUAUAUUCAAAAAAUAGUGAAAAUAAAUCAUAUAAAGAUUGUGUAUUGUGCCUAAAAAAUGAAGAAGGAAAAGAGGCAUACUUAAAAGUAAUAGGUGAAAUUAAAGUAAAAAGAAAUGCUACAUUUUCAGAAAUUAAACAAGAGAUCGAUUUAAAAUUGAUAGAGAAGUCCACAGAAUGCUCGACAUUAAAUAAUGGUAAUUAUUUAAUUCAUUUAAAUGCAUUUUCAGAAAAAGUAAAUGAAACAAAAUUUAAUGAAUUGUCUGCAUUACAUUUAGAUUAUAUCGACAACACAAAUUUUUCAGACAUAGAUACUUUAGAAUCAUUUGAACUAAAGAAAAUGAUAUUUAUAAAAUAUGAAGAAUAA